AAGACUGUGAUAUAGGAAGCAGUGAAACUGUUUGGUUCUUUCUGCCUCUUUGUUUCCAUAUGGACUCAAGCAUUUUCUAGACUGAUAAUUACAAGAUGAGAAUUCAGCUUAUUUGCUUGGUGCUCCUUUUUGUGACCUAUGAUGGAGUACAUUCAGAUCCUAAUCAGGAAAUGAAUGCAUUAGAAGCAGAUUUACUGAACAGCUUUUACACAUCAAAGGUAAAUAAUGAAGGAAUACCAUACUGGAAGCUGACAUUACUUAUCAUGUGUAGACUUAUACAUAACCAAGGAGAAGAUGCGUGGAACAGCGGUGAAGAAGGGUUCACAUCCAGCGAACAUGCUUCAACAUUUCCAGAUAACUUGGACACCAAGGAUACAGCUUAUCAACUACAAAAAAUCUGUAGUGGUAGAGCAUUGCAGACGAGGGAGUUGAUCCAGAAAACCCAGGAAUUCCUGGAUGAGGAUAAUUCCAUUUACAAGAAUGAAGGAUACCUGAAGAGAAAAUCACCAUUCAUUUUAAAAAGACAGCUACAUGUGAACAAACCAAGAAGGCCUUACAUUCUCAAGCGAAGUACACUCUAUUGAGCCUAUUCUACUGGAUGGAGAGAAAGAGAGGGACAUUAUACAUUUUGUGAAUAUGUGGCUGUAUCGUUUUUGUCUGUGGUACAUAUCAUUUGUUUUGUGUUUGCUGGAGCACUUAUAAAAAAAACAUGUAAUCAUUUAACCUCCAAUAUUGUUUUUCUAAAUAAACCUCUUGGCAUUAAUUAUAUCUUGUUAUCAUUAUUAGGAUAAAAAAAUAAUGAUUUUUCAUUUACAUUCUUGGUAUGAAAUGUGAAGUGUAUGACUGUCAUUAAACUGAAAUUAUUGGUAAUCCGUUCCCAUUAUGCUGCAGCUCAAUUAAAAGAUUACGUGUGGAUAUUUUGAAAUUAUGCAGCUGGCUAGUCAUACCACAAAUUUCGUUAUAAUGAGAUGAGCUAUGGGUCCUUAUCUGAUAUAAUUACAUUUUAAGGGAUCCCUCAAACCCACAUUGUCUAGCAAUAGUUUUAUUUUAUUAAAAGUGUGUGUAUAUACUAAAACUUGUCAUUAAUCUGUCUAAAUUUAAUGAUUAAGGAAAGCAAACACUUUUGUAAAUCACAUUACAUAAAUCAACAAAUCUUAAUAUCAAACUCAUCUAAAAUCAUAUUUUUAAUACCUAUAUGCAGCAUAUGUUCAGCAUAAAUUGUUUUUCAGUUUUUAUUCUGUGCUCUGAAACAACCCUAGGAGCUUGAUAACUUUUCCAAUUUGAUGGAGCAGAUCUCAAUCUAUUGUUUAGUGAAAAACCCCACUGCCAUAUUGCACCUUUGAGUUUGUGCUGCAGUGCUCCCCUUUAAAUGCUCAGCAGAAAAGACAGAGAGAGAAGAACAUGUGGUUUUGCUGAGGAUCGCUGAAAAAUACAGUGUGUACACUAUUUAUGACUUGGUUUUAAAGUGAUGUGAUUUUAUUUAUUCAAAAAUAUAGUACAUAAUAAACAUUUGAUGGUUAAAUCACUGAUUGUUUGCUGCUCUAGCCAUGAAAGAUAUGAUUUGUUGAAGUUUCAUUUUGGUAAUGGCCUAGAAAUUUAAAUUCACAUUUAAAUAUCCACACAACAUAUUCACCGCAAUACAUGUGUUUCCAGUCCAGAUUCUUGUUUUUUAGGAAAGUCUGCACAUUCUGAAUUAGCCAAAGAUAAGCAUAAGUGGAACAUGGAACUUACAUAUAGUCAUUAUUGCGACUGCACAAACAGAACUUGUCUUUAUUAGAAAGUAGUAAUCCAAAUGUCAUCUUUUAUUUGCUGUUCUUAAAUAAAUGAAAAAAACUAGUUAAAUAUACAUUCUUCAAUGUACACAAUUAAUGAAUUUAGUGUUGUUCAGAUAGUAAAAUAUGUACAUGUAUGUAUAAUAUUCUGAAAUUAACGUGCAGAAGGACAUUGGCUAGUGCCCCGUUCAUACUCUGUGGAGUUCUCUUUAAGCUUGUGUGAUUUUAUUUCUUUUAAUCCUGUUUUCACUCACAUCCAAAUGACUAUGCAUGUUACUUUUAUUAUUAACUCCAACUCCACAACAGCUCUGUCUGAGUAAAUGUUGCUUACCAUGGAAUGGCAUGCCAUCUGUAGUUUUCAAUGCAGUAGGGCAAAUAUUUUAAUGGAAAAGGCAUAUUCACCUUUCACAAACCCAUUACAUAAAAUGGUACUUUAAAAUGUGUGCCUUUUCAUGCAGAUGAAUGGACACACAGGAAAAAUUCAAAGGCUUUUGUCUACUCAUGACAUUCUAGAUAGUAAGGAUUUUUAGGAGCUGAGUGGUGGUACACAAGUUAGUUCUGUUCCCUUGCACCUCCAGAGCCUUGGAAGUACUAUCUGUAUGGACUUCAUACAUUCUGCUGUGCAUCUGUGGAUUUUCUACAGGGUACAAUGAUUUCCACAUGUACUCAAAAUGUGUAUAUUCAAUGGAUGAGUGAUUUGGUAUCUGGGUGUGUACAUGAGUAUAUGUCUUGUAAUGGGCUGACCACCCUUGCAGUGUUGGUUCCUGUCUUGUACCCAAUCAUGACAGAAUUGGUUCUGGCUCUCAGUUUGCCUAUAUUAGUCUAAUCUGCUUCAAAAAAAUGCUGUUUAUAUGCCACCAUUCAGUUCACCAUGAACUUUCUUAAUCCACUUGUGAAACUGAGCUGAAGCCUAUUCUGGCAACAUCAAACAAAAGACAGAGAGCAGUUUUUCAGAAAGCGAUGAAAGAAAAAAAUGAUAUAAUACCUCAAAGGUAAAGUAACCAUGCAAGAUGUGCACGAAUAAACUUGCUCAUUUUAUAACUAAACAACAGAGGUCAGGAUUGCUGAAUAAAAUGUAAUUGAUGUCAUAUUCACAUAUUCAUUGUGUGAUCAUUGUUGAUUACUCGCAAUGGUUCCACUCUACAGUACUUUUCUAUUUGCAUAACAUCACACGUCAUCAAUUUCAGUUUAACUGUCUGUUCCUCUUAGAUAAAGGUUUCUCUAGUACUGGGGUGUUGUACCAUGUUAGCCAUUAUGGAUGUAGUGACAAGUUAAGCAAAAGCUUGCAUAUUGGAAUCUUUCUAGUUAGCCAAUAAAAGGUGUCAUUUUGCUUAACUUCUCACAACAAAGGUUUCGAAACAGGAGAGUGCACUAUAAACCAUUAAAACUCAGCUAUUCUGCAUCUUGUGUAACCCUCUCAGCUCAGUGUGUGCAUUGCUAACUUUGUCCUAAACUUCCUUUACAACCUAGCUAGCAACAAUCUCCUUGACAUGGAGAAAGAGAUAAUUUAGGAUAACAUUAUAAUAAGCGAAACUGUAACCAUUGCUUUUUUCAAGAAGGAUGUUUCUGACAAAUAAAUACCCUUCUUGUCAUAUUAUUUCUUUAAUUUGUAAUGACAGAAUUAUGAAGUUUUGGCCAGUCAUAUAAAAGAUCUUCCUCCAUACGUUGGUUGACUAAUUUGCCAUAUGUUAUAUACUUAAAAACAAUAUUUUAUAACCUUGCAGUUUCUUUCAAGCACCAUUAUUGUCAGGUCAGCCCCACAAUAGUAUGACCCCUAGUGAAUUACUUUAUCUACAAGUGCAACAGUUGUAAAAAAUAUUAGGCAAUCAAUUGCCAUGAUCUUUAAAGGUAACUAGCGACAGUGAUCUCUAUAUAAAAAUAGCUCUUUAUAAAAAAAAAGGUUGUUUAGUUGAAUUAAGAAACCGUUGUUAACUAAUUAACUGGGGAUAGGUCAAGAUUGUCUAAAAUAUUGUGACAACAGUUUGUAAAGGUGAAAAAUUCUGCAUAUAGAUCAUUAAAUAAAUUGCCCAGGAAUGAGGACAAACUCUGUAGUGGUGGCUAAUAAGGAAAACAUGUUUGUGUUUCAACUAUGUAGAGGAUAGUGUGAUGCUCAGUAUUGCGUAUGAAAUUUGGAAUAAACACAGAAAUUGAACAUGUAUAUCAUGACCAGUUUGACAUCAGUACCUUAAACAGCAUUUUUACUUGCUUGUUUAACUCUUUGUAUUAUCUGCUUACAUGUCCUGAUCACGUCUGGUUAGUAUGCCCUUAUGCAAAUGGGUGCAAAACGUUUAACACCGCUAAGAAAAUUUCAUGAUGAAUAUCAAUCUUUCUUGUGAAGUCCAAUGGUAUUUUCACCUGUUCAUCCAUUUUCUUAUCCUAUUAUCGGAUGCUAGAGCAGCAUUAAUCACAAGGCACAUACCAGUCUUUACAUCCAUCACAAGCAGUAGCCCCAUCAACCGCUGUGGCCCUGCAUACUAUUUUCACAAAGGUACAUUUUUCUAGAAAUUGGGGUACAUGAACUAUAAUUUAAUCAAGUUCCGUAGAGUUACACACCAGAGUAGAUACGGGAACUAAAAUUCGCACAACCACGGUACUCUGCAACAAGACCAUGUUGACAUGCCACUAUGGUAAACAAGUGCUGGGCUAAACCAAAAAUGUCUUUAACAUUAAAGAGAACCUUCCUACAUAUGAGAAAAUUUAGACUGUGACUUUUUGUGAUUUAUGGGUUAAAUCUUUAUCUCUAUACAGGAAACACAUGUACUGUAUUAACCCUGAUGAAACACUGAAUUAGCUUAACUGAUCGUUUUCAAAGUACUAUACACACUAUAUAUGUUAAUGUCAUUACUUUGUAUGUAAUAUAUUAUUUCAUAUUAUUAAAUUUGGAAUUUAAUACACACACUACUGGUUGAUGGACACUAGCUGUUGUCACUGCAUAUGAUUUCUUUCUUUAUGCUUCUGAUAUUAAAAACAAUGUGAGAUCUGUUGAAAGACUGGUAUAUUAUCGCUGCAGAUGAUACUGAAUAAAAAAUAUCAAAUGUACUCUGUGUAAAAUAUACUAUUGUGUUUUGAUUACAUGUCUAAGGCUGUGAUGUUGAAAUGUUUUUGAAUAAAACACAUACAUGCUGAUUAAG